CUCAUUACAUUAAUGCAACAAUAUCCUAUAAAUGACGUAUAGUAACAGUCUUGUACUCAGCAGCCUACCGCACUAAAGAAGACCAUGUUUUGUCUCUGAAUUUAAUCAAGGUGAAACAGGUGAAAGGGAAAGCACCGCGAUAACGCGACAUAAAUCUCCUUCUCCUCUCUAUGUGUGCCACAUGCACAUUGCCUCGGCUCGGGGGAAAGUAACAUGCUUACUGCUCCUUCCCUCACAUAACCAUUAAUUUUCUCUGCAAGGUUGCAUGCGGUUGACCAAUUUUUUCCACCAUCAUCUGCGGGGAAGGAAGACGCUGCAGCCUCUUACUACUCUUCCCCAGCAGUGAGCAGUGGCUUCCCGGGGCUCCGCACCAUCAACGCAACCAUAGGUGAUUCAAAAAAAAUGUCUGACGAAGAACCAAAUAUGUCGACGGGGAGGAAAACAGCGUUAAGUGAAAACACACUCUUUGGGAUGGGAAAUCCCUUGCUUGACAUUUCAGCUGUUGUGGACAAAGAUUUCCUUCACAAGUUCGGACUGGAGCCUAAUGACCAGAUCCUCGCUGAAGACAAGCACAAAGCCUUGUUUGAAGAAAUUGUCAAGAGGAACAAAGUUGAAUACCAUGCUGGUGGUUCGACCCAAAACUCUGUGAAAAUUGCUCAG